AUGACUUGCCCUAUCGCCAUCGUUACAGGUGGCGCGUCUGGCAUAGGCGCAGCCCUCGUUGAACACCUCGUCUCUCUGGGAUGGAACGUGGUGAUCGCAGACAUCCACAAACCAAAGCACUCCCUCCCGGGCACCUUGUUCGUCCACACCGACGUUUCCUCCUGGGAGCAGCAGGCCGACAUGUUCAAACAAGCCUACGCCUGGGGCAAGCGGCUAGACUUCUGUGCGCUGAACGCGGGCAUCGAUGACCGGGACGACAUAUUCAAUACGCUCUCGUACGACAUGCACAAGCCGCCCAAGAAACCGAACACAGACACUUUCUCAGUCAAUAUUACUGGAACAUACUAUGGCAUCAAGCUCGCCGCGCACUACAUGACAGUUCUCAGCGGAGCGGCAGGCAAGCCGAAACCGGGUGGCAAGAUUGUCGUCACCGGGUCUGGAGCAGGGCUAUUCCCCAGCCCCGCCAUCCCUCAGUACACGGCCAGCAAGCACGCCCUUAUCGGCCUCGUGCGCGCGCUCGGCAAGAGCGAAGCUGCGGUCGAGGCCAACGUGCGCAUCAACGCCGUCUGCCCGGCCAUCGUCGACACCGGCGGCCUGCCGCUAGGCCUGCUAGACAAGCUGCUCCCCGGUCAGAUCACGCCGAUGAGCACCAUCCUGCGCUGCUUUGACACUCUGGCCGAUCUGCGCGACGUGGGCAAGGAAGACUGGGUCGAACGCGGUCCAGCGGGCGAGACGCUCGAAGGCAAUGUUCAGGAUUUGAUCUGGCAUUAUCCGCCGGACAAGAAGGUGCAUGGAGAAAAGGGCAAGACUUCGAGAGAGCCCGGGGCCUCCCAACCGAAGGGAGAGCAGAUUGAUUUUUGGUAG